AUGGGCUCUCCAGUGCCAGCAGCUAUUAUGGAUUCCACCUUGCCGUGGUCCAGCCCUUAUAUCGAAGCAGUCCCGUGCUCAGUUCCCACCUUGACGCCGCUCACGAUGCCACUCACGCCAUACACUCCUCUACUGACUCCAACAAUGGUGUCUCCGGUUGACAGCACUCCCAUCAUUGGUUUCUGCUCGCCAAAUCUCAACGUGCACCGCCCUACCCCCAUGAAGCUUUAUCGAAGCCACUCCGAGGGGACUGUUGGCAUGCCCUCCACCAUCACUACUCGCAAAUGCGCCCCCAAAUCUCAGCGCCGAGACACUGUCAAUGUCAGCAUGCCUGUUACAUACACCCCUGCUACCCACCGUAUUAGCAAAGCGAAGAAGGGCAAGCGAGUUCAUGCCUGCCAGUUUCCUGGUUGUUCAAAGCCAACCAUUGGCCACAAGAGACGAAUUAGCCAAAUUUCCGACGCUUCCGAUGCAAUGCCAAUGUCUUCUCCUUGUAUCCCACUGCCUCAUUCCGUCCCAAACUCCGCUCAAAUCGCCCCAAUCACCCCCGAAUUGCACUCACUUCACGCCGCGCAUUCACCAUACGUGAACACCCAGCUUCUUUCACCACCGUACUGGACCAGCUUCAGAAGGGCAUCGGACCCAUCUAUUGGAUACUCCAGUGUCCCAUAUUCUGCGGGCGACGAGUCAAGUCUCUUCUCUUCUCCAGAGUGUUCCCGAUCCCCAUCCUCCGAUAGCAGCCAUGGGGCCCAUUUCCCGUUCAGCACAUCGCACAUUACAGGAAUAGGUAUCUUUCAUGAGCCCAUGGUAGAUCCGACUAUUAUGGGAACUCCAUUACCCUACGACUCAAAUUUUGGUGGCUUUCAAGCGGUCGACUCCACAAUAAUACAGUCCUCACCACUGGUUACUCUCCCAGGUAAUGCUGAUAACACACGCACAGUAUGUGACGACUCUUUCUUUUUACGCUUAAAAUGA